ACGGAGCGCGGCUCUGACGCGUGUUUCUGCAGCGCGUGCGGCGCACAUGGAUAUAAAGCCCACCGCGCGAGAAGCGGACAGAACAGCAGAAGAGACGUCUCAGGAAAGUUAUCCAUCCAAACUUCUGGGAAAUAUGCAUCCGCACGUGGUGAGCUGGCUCGGGACCGUGGGGCUCCUGCUGUGGGCGCUGCUCUGCCUGGGUGCCCUGACGGAGGGAUACCCGGUGAAACCGGAGAACCCUGGGGAGGACGCCCCGGCGGUGGAACUGGCCAAGUACUACUCAGCCCUGAGGCACUACAUCAACCUCAUCACGAGACAGAGGUACGGAAAGAGGUCCAGUCCUGAGAUUCUGGACACGCUGGUCUCAGAGCUGCUGUUGAAGGAAAGCACAGACGCGCUCCCACAGUCAAGAUAUGACCCGUCAUUGUGGUGAUGCUGUCGACAGGGCUGUCUUCAUCCUCACUGCUGCCCCGCCGCCGCUGAUAUUCUGACCUCUGCCCGCCCCGCCUCGGCCCCUUUGCCCCUUCCCGAGCCGUAUAUUCAAUCCCACCUCCUUACCCAUCGGCCACAAUCACAGCUGCUUAUACCAUUGUAAAUAGCUUAUUCAGAGUUGUCAUCUGUGAGACAUAAAAAUGAAUAUGGGGGGAGGGAAUGUUGAUUGUGUUGUAUAAUUGUGCUAUUAAAGAUUAAUUGUUUGAAGGAA